AUGGGAGAGAUGAAGAAGCUGAAUUACACACUGAUGAAGAAAAAUGCAAAGAAAGCUUGGAUUGGUCUACAGAGAGAGGGACCUGGGAAAUGGCAGUGGUCUCUGGCAACUUUCUACAGAGACGGAGACACUUACAGAAACUGGAGGAGUGGAGAACCUAAUGGUGGUGUGGCCAUCAAAAAGAACACAAAGACUAAAUAUGUAGUGAUUAAUGAGACAAAGAGCUGGUAUGAUGCUCAGAUCUACUGCAGAGAGAAAUACACUGACCUGGUCAGUGUGAGGAACCAAACUGAGAAUGAUGAGAUCUGGAGAAUGAUUAAUAGUUCAGUGCAUCAGAAUGUUUGGAUCGGUCUGUUUAAUGACUCCUGGAAGUGGUCAGAUCAGAGUAACUCCUCAUUCAGAUACUGGAGCUCUGACAAACCCAGUGGAGGUUUGAACUGUUCUGCAGUGUCUGAGUCUGGGCAACGUUACUGGAGUGAUGUGAACUGCACAGAAAAACUCCCGUUCAUCUGCAUUGAGAAUAAGCUGAUCCUGGUUAAGGAGAAUCUGACCUGGAAAGAAGCUCUGAGAUACUGCAGGAACCAUCAUCAUGACCUGGUCUCAGUGCGCACUGAGGAGAUGCAGCUCUGGGUGAAGGAAGUGGCUCAAAACACCUCCACUGAACACGUGUGGCUCGGCCUGCAUCACACCUGCGCUCUGGGCUUCUGGUACUGGGUGAAUGGAGAGAUGAUCUGCUACCAGGACUGGGCUCCGGGCAAUGGGACAGGGUUCGAAGACUGCAGCCAUGAGGAGAGAACCGAAGCAGUGCAGUCUGGAGGAGAGCAGAAGUGGAUCAGCCUGCCUCAGAGCGAAAAACUCAACUUCAUCUGCUCUACCUAUGAAGGUUAAUUUGUGUGGUGUUUUUGUAUGCAUGCAUUAUGCCAGUAAGCUUUUCCUUAUAUUCUUUAUAUAAAAGAAUAUAAAUAUCAUUUCUUUUAUUUGAAGAUUUGUUGUAUUAAACUUAAAGACUGAAGACAAGCUGUGGUCCAACAUCUGUAUCC